AUGGAACCCUUGAGCCCGUCCUGGCAGAGUGGGCGCAGUCCGGGUCGGAGCAUAGCAUGCCUCGGCCAAGCGGAGGUCACUCGCUUCUUGACGACACUUCCUUCAGAUCGUUGGGAGCAGGCUUUCCAAGCUCUGAGAGCCCUGAAGGCUCACGGUUGCAGGGUCGAUGCCAUCAACUGCAAUGCAGCGAUGAAGACCUCUGCUACUUCCGGGCCUUGGGCAGUGCAGCUCGCACUCCUCGACAUGCGAAACCAGCAGCUUCAGCCCACCACCGUGAGCUUCGUGUUGAGCAUGGUGGCACUUGUGGAGCUAGGGCAAAGCUGGGAGCAUGGGCUUCGGUUCUUGGCGCUGAUGAAUGUGGCUGCGAUUCAGGUGAACGAAAGGUGCCUCAGUGCUAGCAUUGGGCUACACUCCAGGUGCAGUCAGUGGGAAGCUGCCGUCAAUCUCCUGAAUCCUUCUGCAGACGACGCUUGCUUUAAUGCGGCAUUGCUGCGCAAUGAAUGGUGCAGGUCACAUUCCUUGCUUCUUCAAAUGGGUAUUCGGGGCCUACGUCGCACCGUUAUCACCCUUGAUACAGUGCUUCGUGCCUACCGCCAGGUUCAUCUGAGAUGGAAGGAAGCCAUGGAUAUUGCUUCAAGAUGGGCAAUUUCCCAGCAAGGGCUUCCUGCUGCAGUCUACGGCGGCCUAGUUUGUACGUGUGGCUCUGCAAGGCAGCUGCAGAUGGCCAGCUGUCUGUUUCGGCUCAUGUGCCGAUCGCGUGUGUCCCCGACAAGCUUAGCUGACCCCGUCCGUACCUUUAGAGAUACAGCAGCUUGGCACAUGACGCUGCAGCUCCUUGAUGUAUUGAAUUCCAACAACGUGGAGGCAGACGCUGCGAGCUGCAAUGCACUCCUGGGCUCUUGCAGCACGAGCUCGUCCUGGGGAGCUGCAUGGGAAAUCAUGGCCCGCCUGAGCAAGGCUGCAUUAAGGAAGGAUGCCCGCUGCAUUGUUGCUGCUGUCGAUGCCUGCGGCAAGGCGAGUAGCUGGCAAGCUGCUUUGACCAUGACAUCUGACAGCAUGAGGGCAGACACAGUCGUGACAAGUCAGUGCCGCAACGCUGCCAUAAGCGCCUGCGUGCCGGGGCAGUGGCCGAGAUCCUUGAUACUGGCAAGUGGCCGGAACGAGCAAAUCGCAGCAACGGUCGUCACACUUGGUGCACUGCUCAGCUCCUUAACAGAAGGGCAGCAGUGGCGGGCAGCGUCAAGCGUUUUUUCCCAUGCGAUGCUGCAUCGGAUUCAAGCAAAUGUGGUCGUGUAUAACACUCUGAUCAGCAGUUGCGAGAACCGCCAGGACUGGCAGCAUAGCUUGCAGCUGGCACGGGCACUCAAAUCCGCAAAGGUGCAAGGUGAUGUGAUCACAUACAAUGCACUCAUCAGCGGCUGCGAGAAAGGAGGAAGGUGGGAUGCCGCUGUCAGUGCAUUAGAGGAGAUGGGACUGCAGAGUGUGCCGUGGGGCACCACCUCCAUCAAUUCGGCCGCCAGUGUGCAGUGGAGACAAGCCGUGACUGUAUCGCAAGAGAUUUGCAGACACCGACUACAGGCCGACUCCUUCACGAUGACUGCAUUGAUCGGAGCAGCUGAGAGCGAUGGAGCUUGGAUGCAAUCCUUGCGCAUGCUGCAACAGUCAGCCGCCAACUACCUGCGGCUUCAUUCCGUUUGUAUCAAUGCAGCCGUCAGUGCAUGCCACAAGGGAGGAAGCUGGAGAUUUGCGGCAAGGUUACUAGACUCCAAGCAUGAACCAGAGAUGAUUACUUUCAACGCCUGUAUCAGCGCUUGUAGCCAGUGUGUCCAGUGGCAGCUUGCUACAAGCAUGCUUUGCAGAGCGGGACGUGGAGGGCUGGUGCCAAGUCACAUAACACAUCAAGCUGUGCUUGAGGCUUGUUACGGAGCAGGCCAAUGGCAGAGAAGUGUUCUGACAUACAGCCGGGAGCGGGUCUGGGAUGUGGCAAGCUGCAGUAUAGCUGUGCUUGCGAGCCAUGGAGCAUCUUUUGGCUUGACUGCCAUCUUCUUGGCCCAACUGAAGCUAGGACUCCUUGGGCAACUGCGUGCCGGCACCCAGAAUGCUUAG